GUUAGGUACUGUACAACCAACGCACACAUGUUUAUUUCUGGUUGUCUUUGUCUUCUCGAUAUGCCGAAACCCCCAUAAGCGUAACACCGGAAAAUCCAGAAUGCGGGCCGAUAUUUUCCAUUGCUUUCCCCCUCCCCAACCUCCCGAGCCGUAGUUUCAGUGGCUUGGACGAGUACAGGCUCAGUUACAUCGCUUUUUGUGGGGGAGGGGCAGGGAGCUUGAAGCAAUGCAAGGAUAGGUGGUAACCCUGUCAAAAACGUAACCCCGCUCAUCGACAUCGUUCAUAUAUAUUAAUAAACCGGUCCCACGCAUUUUGUCCUUGCAUAAUCUCCCUUUGGUUUUUACCGUCGGCUUACGAACGACGAUUCCUUGCCUUCUUCUUUCUACCCCUAAUUUAAUAUCUUCAUUUGACGUAUUCUUAAUUGAUCGACUGCCUGUAUAACAAUGGCGGAACCAUAUAAUAUUCGGUGGGGGUUUAUGGCUACGGGAGGGAUUUCCAAAUCCUUCGCAAGGGACAUGCUCAUCGACCCCUCCCUGCGCAACGCCUCCGACAUCUCCCACACAAUCGCCGCCGUCGCCUCCUCCACCUCCCGCGAGCGCGCGCAGCAAUUCAUCACAGACCUCUCCAUCCCACAACCCUGCACCGCCCACGGCUCCUACGAGGCCCUCGUCAACGACCCAAACGUCGACAUCGUCUACAUCGCCACGCCGCACUCGCACCAUUUCCAGAACGCCAUGCUGGCGCUGGGCGCGGGGAAGCAUGUGCUGUGCGAGAAGGCGCUGACGACCAAUGCGGCGCAGGCGCGGAUUCUGGUUGAGACGGCGCGCCGGCGCAGGCUGUUCUUGAUGGAGGCGGUGUGGACGAGGUUUUUCCCGCUGUCGGUGCAGAUUCGGGAGUUGGUGGGUAAGGGGGAGAUUGGGGAGGUGGUGAGGGUUGUGGCCGAUACGAGUUGCGGGAGUACGGAUCCGGAGGGGGACUGGGGGACGACGCAUCGGAUGGUGAAUAUGGAUUUGGCUGGGGGGGUGCUGUUGGAUGUGGGCGUCUACUCCCUAACAUGGGCCUUCCAAAUCCUCUACCAUACCCGACCCCUUGCCGAACGCAAACCACCCAGCACCAUCAGCUCCCAAAUGAUCCACUACCCGGCCACAGGCGCCGACGAAUCCACCACUAUCCUGCUCGAAUUCCCCCAGUCGACGCCCGCAGGCACGUACAAAGCGCAGGCGGUCGCCAUGACGAACUUCCGUCUGAUCUCCGACCUGGACGGGAAAUGGUCCGCGGGCCCCACAGUGCGCAUCCAGGGCACGCGCGGCGAGAUUCAGGUCUUUGGCUACCCGUUCCAUCCGGAUAGCUUCAAGGUUAUUCCGCUCGGUGAGGGGCGGGAGAUCAGAGAGGUUGUGGGUGAGUUUCCCGGGCAGGGGAAGGGGAUGUAUUGGGAGGCUGAUGAGGCGGCGAGGUGUGUGCGGGAUGGAAAGCUGGAGAGCGAGACGAUGUCGUGGGAGGAGAGUCUGGUUAUUAUGGAUGUUAUGGAUGAGGUGAGGAGGCAAGGGGGGUUGAGGUAUCCGGAUGAGAUUGAGUCGACGGAGUAUCCGGUGGCGCUUGCGGGGAAGAAGGGGGUUUCUUAGGCUGUACAAGCAAAUAAUUUUUUAUACAUAGGUAUUGAUAGGUUGAUGAUUUCUUUUCUGAGGGGGUGUGUGUGAGAGAGAGAGAGAAAUUACUGUCUUGGAGGAAGUAAUAUUUAUCUGGGAGACGAGACGAAGCUCUGCCAGUCACCCAGGUACAUUACAUUGUAUGGAUAUAUAUUUAUACCGUCUCUUUUAGCUAUGGAAAUCUACGAAUGAUAUGAAUGAAAAUGACUUCUAACGUUUCACCAUCAAAUCAGCGUCAGCUCCCCAAGUGAAAGCUGCCGCCUUCC